AUCUGCAAGCAGAGAAUAUCUAUUGUCAAUGUUAUUGGGUGCCACAGUUUGCUUGGGUGAAAGCAUGACAGACAUUUAUGAUCCAGACUAUGAUUCUAAAACUGAAAUUCUUCUGACAAGUAUUGGGAACUUGAAAAUGGGAAUGCCAUGAUGGAUAUGAGUUGCUUCCUUGAACUCACUAUAUAAAGGUGAAAUGCUACUUGCAGACAAAGCAAUAUAUACCAUGCAAUCUGAUAGCCAAAUUCUGGUACUGAAAUUUCUGUACAGAAAGUCAUCUGCUUUCAGCUAUUGUUGGUUAUACAGUAAGCAAUAGUACAUGUUUGCAGAUGAUGUUUACUACCUGAAAAAUAAGAAAGAUGAUGGAAAAGAUACUUAAUUAGUGUCUUCUAUAAGCAAAGGUCAGGAACAUGGAGUCAAAGAAAAGCUAGAAAUUAGCAAAGAAGCUCCCAUUGACUUCCUCGAGAUCUCUGCUAGUGCAUCAUCACUCAACUCCCCUGAUCUAUAUGGUUAUAUUAGCUUGAGUAAAGUUGGCCUCCCCUUCCUAGUGGAGAUCCUGGGAAACUUGUUAGUUACAGAUUAAGCAAUGGCUGUCAACCUGGUGCUGUCUUUUGCCCUUGCCAUUCUGAUAUCCUCCAGCCCUACCGCGGUUGGUGUGGAUGCCACCGAGGAGCUGAAGGAGGCGGUCCUAACGCUGGAUGCGGGCAACUUCUCGGAGGUGGUGGCCAAGCACCCGUUCAUUGUCGUCAAGUUCUAUGCCCCAUGGUGUGGUCACUGCAAGCAACUCGCCCCAGAGUACGAAAAGGCAGCCUCCAUUCUGAGGAAGAACGAGCUGCCAGUGGUACUCGCGAAGGUGGACGCAUACAACGAGAGGAACAAAGAGCUGAAGGAUAAGUAUGGGGUGUAUUCAUACCCAACAAUAAAGAUCAUGAAGAAUGGGGGGAGCGACGUGCGUGGCUACGGUGGCCCAAGGGAGGCCGAUGGCAUCGUGGAGUACCUUAAGAGGCAGGUCGGCCCAGCAUCCCUCAAGCUUGAAUCAGCAGAAGAGGCGGCCCAUUCCGUCGUCGACAAGGGGGUGAUCCUUGUGGGAGUUUUCCCUGAGUUUGCUGGUAUGGAAUAUGAAAAUUUCAUGGUUGUGGCAGAGAAAAUGCGAGCAGAUUAUGAUUUUUUCCACACGUCUGAUGCAAGCAUUUUGCCACGUGGUGAUCAGAGUGUCAAAGGCCCCAUUGUCCGUCUCUUUAAGCCGUUUGAUGAGCUGUUUGUUGAUUCGGAGGAUUUUGGUAAGGACGCACUUGAGAAGUUUAUCGAGGUAUCUGGUUUCCCAAUGGUUGUUACCUACGAUGCUGAUCCAACCAACCAUAAGUUUCUUGAAAGAUACUAUAGCACUCCUAGUUCUAAAGCAAUGCUUUUCGUGAGCUUCGGUGAUGACAGAAUCGAGUCCUUCAAGAGCCAGAUUCAUGAAGCGGCCAGGAAAUUCAGUGGUAAUAACAUAAGUUUUUUAAUUGGUGAUGUUGCAGACGCUGAUCGUGUCUUCCAGUACUUUGGGCUCAGAGAAAGUGAUGUGCCCCUCCUUUUCGUGAUAGCAUCUACUGGAAAAUAUCUCAAUCCAACAAUGGAUCCUGAUCAGAUCAUACCCUGGCUGAAGCAGUACAUAUAUGGCAACUUGACACCAUACGUUAAGUCAGAGCCUAUCCCUAAGGUGAAUGACCAACCUGUUAAGGUUGUUGUGGCCGACAAUAUAGAUGACAUUGUUUUCAACUCUGGCAAAAAUGUUUUGCUUGAGUUCUAUGCACCUUGGUGUGGCCAUUGCCGCAAGUUUGCCCUGAUCCUGGAGGAAAUUGCAGUGUCAUUGCAAGAUGACCAAGAUAUAGUGAUAGCAAAGAUGGAUGGAACUGUGAACGAUAUACCAACAGACUUCACGGUUGAGGGAUAUCCAACUAUCUACUUCUAUUCAUCAAGUGGGAACCUUUUGUCGUACGACGGUGCAAGGACAGCUGAGGAGAUCAUCAGUUUUAUCAACGAGAACAGGGGACCGAAAGCUGGUGCAGCUGCUGCAGUGGAUGAGAAAACCCAGAUUGAUGCUGUGGAAGAGGAGGUAACAUCAUCAUCAGAGCCUGUUAAAGAUGAACUCUGAUCAAGGACACUGAUGGUCUCUACACUGCAUACAACAGAGACUACUGAAAAUGAGUAUGCAGUGCAGUUGUUCAGCAAGAUGGAUAGAAAUUCAGAGUGGGUUAAAUAUGACCCGUGACCCAACCAAGUUUGAGUUUGGUCAGUCUUGUCACCAUUCUCUUACAGGAACACUAGCCAUUUUGUUCGAAAUUUGUGAACUAUACUAGUCAGUUUGUUGGAAAUCUGCUGUCUAAACUUAAUUGCAUUGAAUAAUUCAAUACAGUUCGUCUUUUGUUCCGUUGAA